CUCAACACAAGUGCCAGUGGCAUACAAGGCGCCAAGCCGAUAUCCUCCUAUCAUCUAUCUCUAUCCUUCUCCUUCUCCCCUUUACCAGGUUGAAGCUCACCUCAGCACUCCACUACUACUCACUCCUUAAAUGACGAAACUAUCCUUGAAGCCACUCCUAAUUUACGAAACAAAGACCUCAACCUGCUCUCAUGGCUGAAGUUGAAGCUCAUGUUGGGUCCUUCAGGUUCAGCAGCAGCUUCAUGGACCUUCUUCACCUCCGUAGACCCUUUUCUUCUUCUUCUUCUACUUCUUCUUCUUCCUCCUCCUGGCUUCUCCGCUCUCACACCUCUUUGUCUCCGUAUAUAUGCCACCACAUACCCUUUGGAAAUAUGUUCAGAUUCACACUAUGUAUAGGGAGUUUUAAUUCUUUCAGAAGAUCCCCAAUAAUGGCUAUAAAGAAAGGAAAAUUAAACCAUACUUUGAAAGAAUCAUGCAAUGUUGUCUGGACUAUAGAAGCUGAUUUGAGGGCUGGUCAGCUUCUGUACAUAACUGGGGAUCCUGUUGUAUUUGGCUGCUGGGAACCAGAGAUGGCUAUACUAAUGUCUCCAACUGAACAUGCAAACUUAUGGAAGGCUGAAGUCCAGUUGGCUUGCGGUGUAAAUUUCAAGUAUAAUUACUUUAUAAAGGGAGAAACACAGCCUUUUUGUGACAUCAUUUGGAGACCUGGUCCUGAUUUUUCUCUCUCAGUACCUCAACCUCUUGAACAAGAUAAAAACGUUGUAGUGAGGGACUUAUGGAUGAGGUAUGAUGCCAAAAGGCAUCCAGCUCAAGUAUGGGAUUCAUGGAUAGAGGAGACAUAUCUUCCCAUAAAACCUUUAAUAUCAGCUCCAGCCAGAGAUGAAUAUGAGAUAGUGAAAUGCCUUGAAAGUGACUCAAUAGAGUCAAAGCCAUUCUUCAAUGAUCUCACAAUCAAGGAUAUAUUGUACUAUAAAAGUGAGGAUACCAUGAGUGUCACAGCUGAUAGCUCAAGUUUUGAUAAAAUUUUCACUGAAAGAGAUCAGCCUGUUGAGGAACCCUGGUUAUUCCCAUCACCUCUCCUUUUUCCUGUGUCUGAGGAUAAAAUGCAGUCUGAUGCAUCCAAAAGUAUUGACACUGUAAAAGAUGAUGUGACCAAGAUGGAAGAUACUAGAAAUUUGUUGCCUGAAGAAGAGAGUAAUCUUGUUUCGAAGGAACCCAUUUCUACUGUUAUUCUGAUUAACUCUUCAAUAUGCACCAUGCAAAGGAUUGCUGUACUGGAAGAUGGGAAAUUGGUUGAGUUAUUACUGGAACCAGUUAAAACUAAUGUGCAGUGUGAUAGCGUGUAUCUAGGAGUGGUCACAAAACUUGUUCCCCAUAUGGGAGGUGCUUUUGUUAAUAUUGGAAAUUCUCGACCCUCUCUUAUGGACAUCAAGCAAAACAGGGAACCAUUUAUAUUCCCUCCAUUUCGCCAAAGGACAAAGAAACAAGAAGUCAAUGGUUCUGUUAUUGGAACCCUUGAGGAGCACCCAGCUGCUCAUGAUAUUGUAGUCAAUGGUGAUAGUACAGAAGUAAGCUCUCAGGAUGAUUUUGUACAAUCGAUGCACAAUGACUAUGAGGAACUUGAAGUUGAGGAUGAUUUUGAUGUUUCAGAAGUUCUUAAGGACAAUGUAAAUGGUAGUAUAGUCGAUUAUGAUGAAGCGGAAGCUGAUUAUGAGGACUACUUGGAUCAAAGUGAACAUCAUAUUGAAAGUGAAACCAUCAAUGGUUCCCUUGCUGCUGACAUAAAUGGUUCAAAUGAUUCGCAAAUUUCUCAUCUCCAACAUAAGAAGGAUUCUAGGCAUACUUUCACUAACGAAAAGAAGUGGGCCCAGGUUCGGAAAGGCACCAAAAUUGUUGUACAAGUUGUCAAAGAGGGAUUGGGUACAAAAGGUCCCACACUAACCGCUUAUCCAAAAUUAAGAAGCAGAUUCUGGAUACUGAUAACUCGUUGCAAUAGAAUUGGAGUUUCAAAAAAAAUUUCUGGUGUUGAGCGUACACGCUUAAAAGUCAUGGCAAAAACUUUGCAGCCUCAGGGUUUUGGUCUAACUGUAAGGACUGUUGCUGCUGGUCGGUCUUUAGAGGAAUUGCACAGGGACUUGGAUGGUUUGCUUUCAACUUGGAAAAAUAUAAUGGAACAUGCAAAAUCUGCAGCCCUUGCUGCAGACGAAGGUGUUGAAGGGGCCAUUCCCAUUAUUCUCCAUACAGCAAUGGGUCAAACACUCUCAGUUGUCCAGGAUUAUUUUAACAAUCAGGUUCGGAGAAUGGUAGUUGACUCGCCAAGAACAUAUCAUGAGGUUACCAAUUACCUUCAGGAAAUUGCUCCUGAUCUUUGUGAUCGAGUAGAGUUAUACGAUAAAAGAAUACCUCUUUUUAGUGAAUUUGACAUUGAAGAUGAGAUCAAUAAUAUCCUCAGUAAAAGGGUUCCUCUUACUAAUGGAGGUUCUCUUGUGAUUGAACAAACUGAGGCAUUAGUCUCUAUCGAUGUUAAUGGGGGACAUGGGGUGUUUGGUCAUGGGACUUCACAGGAGAAAGCUGUUCUAGAUGUCAACCUUGCAGCUGCAAAACAAAUUGCAAAGGAGUUACGCCUGAGGGACAUUGGUGGCAUUAUUGUAGUAGAUUUCAUUGAUAUGACAGAUGACUCAAACAAGAGAUUGGUCUAUGAAGAAGUUAAGAAGGCUGUAGAGAGAGACAGGUCGAUGGUGAAAGUAUCUGAAUUAUCUAGGCAUGGACUUAUGGAAAUAACAAGAAAAAGGGUUCGACCUAGUGUGACAUUUAUGAUCAGUGAGCCAUGCACAUGCUGUCAUGCAACUGGAAGAGUUGAAGCUUUAGAGACCUCCUUUUCGAAAAUUGAACAAGAAAUUUGUCGAUUGCUAGCAACGAUGGAUCAGAAAGAAGACACUGGAAACCCCAAGUCCUGGCCAAAGUUUAUUUUGAGGGUUGACCAUCACAUGAGUAACUAUUUAACUUCAGGGAGACGGACAAGGCUUGCAAUCUUGAGUAGCUCCCUCAAAGUUUGGAUACUUCUAAAGGUUGCUAGAGGUUUCACCAGGGGAGCAUUUGAAGUGAAACCAUUUACAGAUGAUAAGGCAAACAAAAACCAGCAUCAAGCCACCAUUUCUAGGUUAAGGUCAGCGGAGACCACGACUAACAAUUCCGGCAAAAAAGUCACCCUCAUUCCAGUCAAAAAAUGGAAGACCAGUGGAAAGUGAAAUUUUGCCAGCCUUAACUUGCUGUUUUCUGUACAAACAGGCAUAUUAAUACCAUUUUUGUUAAGAAAUUAGGGAAGAUAUAAGGAUAGCUUUUCUUUUCUUUUCUUUUCUGUAAUUUUUUCAGUUCAGAGAGGGCUCCCACUUUGCAAUUGAGAAUUUUCACAAAUGUAAGAGCAAAUGUCUCAAAUGAUUAACAGUGGCAGCAAUUGGCAAAUCCAGAAGGGAAUUACUUUA